CAAAUACACCUACACAAAUACACUUACACAACUCCUCUUAGAAGUUGUCGGGAGCUCAACUGUAUUAUUCAGUUUACUUUUUUGAUAAGUCUGUUUAGGUUGUAUUUUGUUCAUUUAGCUUUUUUAAAGUAACCAACAGGAGAUGCAACAUGACUUUAUUUGGACUGUCAUUUUUUGUCCUGGCUUUAUCCUACUUCUUUGCCGUCUAUAGCAGGCCAACAGGUGACCACCUGCGCAACAUGGACAGCUUCAUCCGAGCCGUGCAGCAGGUGGAAGACUCAAACCCUGGUCUCUCUCCCCUGGCUCUGGUCCGGGCCCUGCGGAGGACCGCUGGCCACGAUGAUGAGAUGACCACUCAUUUCUUGGGUGCCUUGUAUAAUCUCAGUGAUGCUGAGCUGCUAGAGACAGCUAUUCUCAAUGCCUCAUCCUUUAGCUUCUUUGACAAGGCCCUUCACCACUUUGUGACAAAUUAUGGAGAGGAACGAGGGGUGGUUCUUGCUCCAGAUGGCACCACGGUAGCCCUUACACCAUUACUGCUAGGAAUUGAAUCAGGACUGAAAGCCAAGAUUGAGGGGACGCCAGCUGUUGGGCUCUUCCCUCUCACCUUAGGCAGGACGCUGGGCUUGUCCUUCCUCAGUCUCCAGGACUUUCCGCCAUCUUAUCGCCUGGGGCCUAAUGGGUGCUGGGACAGCGUGGACCGGCCAAAAUUAUUCAAGCUGUCUUGGCCUGCCACACUGGCCACUGACGCUGUUAUUAAUGGGGGCAUGGAUGGAGCAAUACUGGGCAAGGACCUCAGCAACCUACCUGCAUCUGAACAGCCACAGGCCCUCAGUGAGGUUUUGAAAGGAUACUAUAGUUUUGUUCUGUAUGAGGCGCAGGGUCUUGAUGCUUUGACCAGACACGUUAGCCCGAGGCGAAGGGAGAUCUCUAGGUCCAUUCUGGAGCCACUUGAUCUUCACAGCCAGGUGAUGGAGACACUAGCACUAGUCUGGAAGUUGGAGAAGACAGAAUGGAUUGCUCUGGACAACGGAGUCGGCAAGGCAGUGAAGGAUGGACUACAGGAAUUUGUGCACAAGUACUGGGACUGCCCGGAAAUCAUCCCUCGUUGUCAGUGGGGGGCAAAACCCUAUCAGAGUACACCUAUCCCACUGUCUCUGCCCCUCCAAUUUCUCUAUGUUCACCACACCUAUGAGCCAUCCUCGCCGUGUUUAUCCUUCCCAAACUGCUCUCGCAACAUGAGAGCCAUGCAGCGUUUCCACCAGGUAGAUCGUGGUUGGAGUGACAUAGGAUACAGCUUUGUAGUCGGUUCUGAUGGCUACAUCUAUGAAGGCAGAGGUUGGAACCACCUUGGCAGACACACCAGGGGGCACAAUGCCAUUGGGUACGGCGUAUCAAUCAUUGGUAACUACACUGCCACCCUGCCGUCUCGCCACGCCAUGGACCUGCUGCGCCAUCAUCUAGUCCGAUGUGCUGUAGACGGAGGAAGACUGGCUGCCAACUUCACUAUCCACGGCCACAGACAGGUGGUGAACUACACCUCCUGCCCUGGAUACACCUUCUAUUCAGAAAUAAGAAGCUGGGAACACUUCAGUGAAUGACAGGACUUCCGAUGCCAGUUGGAGAUUUUUAAACAUCAUUAAUGGGUCUUCAGGGUAUGAUAACUGCCACUGCCAUGCCUUUUUUUUUCUUAAUUUAUGAAACAGUUUCACUGUAUAAAAUAGAUCUUGAGUUAGUCCUACACUCUGGAUUAGUUUAUCAUUAUAAAAGACUGUAGAUGCCACGUUGCCCAGUGAAGAAUUAACUUAAAUCAAUGUUUCUUUAAAUGGUGGCUGUCUGGUCAUCCUCAAAUGCAGGGCAUCUAUGGGUUUGCUACUGAGAAUCAAUCAGGUUUACGUAUCCUGAAAGGACCUCAUUAAGAUGUGGUUAGAUCCAGUAUGCAUCAAAGAUACAGAGAUCAUCAGGAUGUCAUGUACAAUGAACCAUUUUGAUUUACCAAAUGUUUAAUAUCUGGAGUUAUUCACCUUAUUUGGCAGAUGUUCACAAUAUGAAAACUGAUUUUAGUUUUAUAAGGCAAACAAAGCAUAUAAUACAUCAUAAAUGUAUUUCAGAUUUUUGAUUUUCUUUGUAGUUGUUUAGCUUGUAAUAAUUGCUAACUGAAGGUUUUGUAGGUUUUACAAACUUUUCAAUUUAUCAAUACAUGUCUGUUCCAUAUUUUGGUAAAUGACUAACAUUCCAUUCACAGUCCAGUCAGCGACUUUUCCUCAGAAGUGUCCGUAGUAGUUGCAUAAGGUAAAAUGUCUCACAUGUUAAUUGCUAAUUCUGUCAUCAUUUAAAGGUAUUUCUCAACUAA